GGCGGGACCCGCGGACAGUUCACGGAGAGCCAGCCUCCUGCCCAGAAGUGGGGUUCGCUUUGUUUUGCUUUCUAGUGUUUAUUUGCUCGUUUUAUUUGUUUAUUAAUUUUUCUUUCUAGAUUUUUUGUUUGUUUCUUUGGGGGAGGGGAGGUUGUUUUGAGACAGGGUCUCUAGUCCUGACUGCCCUCACACUUCCUUAAGAAGCUGAGGAUAACCUUGAAUUUCUGAUCCACCUCGACCUUCUAAUACAAGGAUUACCAGUGUGGGUCCCUAUGACCGGUUUCUGUGAUGCUGGAAAUGUAAUUUUGGCUCCCUGAGAGCUAGGAAAGCACUUUACUGAUUGGGCCGAGGGCUUCCAGCUCACUACCCCUGACCUCAACCUCCUUGGUGCUAAGGUUACACAGGUGUAGGCCACCUUGUCUGGCCCAGAAGUAUUUGGUUUUUAUUUGUGGUCCCCCCCCCCCCCAAGACAGGAUUUCUCUGUAGCCCGGCUAUCUUGGAACUCACUUUACCCUCCUUCCUUUGGCUCUAAAGGUGGAGCUUGCACCGACGUUCCCAGCUGGUUUGGUUUUCCUUCCCUCCCUCCCUCCCCUCCCUCCCUUCCUUCCUUUGUUUUUUUCUCCUUCCUUCCUUCCUUCCUUCCUUCCUUCCUUCCUUCCUUCCUUCCUUCCUUCCUUCCUUCCUCCUUUCCUUUUCUUUUCUUUUCCUUCCAGGGUUCCUCUGUGUAACAGCCUUGGCUGUCCUGGAACUCGCCCUGUAGUUCAGUCCUCGAACUCAGGAGAUCCACCUCCCUCUGCGUCCCAAAUACUGGGAUUAAAGGUGUGCACCACCACUGCCGAGCUUGGUUGGUUGGUUUUGAAGUGAGUUCAUGCUGUGAGUUCCUGCAUGUCUAUCCUGGCACUAGUCCUUACCUUCUCAGCAACCCCCAGACCUCAGUUUCUCAUCCAAGAAAUGGGGAUUAAAAAGAGUGCUUAUUUGACCCUAAUGAAGCCCUGGACUCUAUCCCUAACACCAGGAGAUAAGAAAAAGUACCUGCCUGCCUGAUGUAUUGUAGGACUUAGCCAGUUGCAUAGGGAGAUGGUUUAGACCAUAUCUGGUCUCCAGCAUAUGAUAAAUGAAAACUUAUAGCUAUUAUCGAUUUUUUGGUUUUGUUCUCUUUUGGUUUUUGAGAUGGAUCUCAUGUAGCCCAAAAUAGAUUCUGGCUAUAACUGUUCAUCUCAAAGUGGAUAAAGUGGACAAGAGUUUAUUCUGGAGCCAGAUGUGAGUGAUUGUGUCUUGAGAAUACAGUUAGUCUUCCUCAAAUACAUGUUUAAACCUAAUGGUUACAUGAAAUUUUAUUUAUUUAUUUAUUUAUUUUUGAGGCAGGGCUUCUCUGAGUCCUGGAACUCACUCUCUAGACCAAGCAGACUGGCUUUGAACUCUGAGAGGACUUGGGGUGGGGGGAGGCUAGAGGUUAGGCUCUCCUAGUAGCCCUGACAGAGACCAGGCCUCAGAUUCGGUUCACUAAAUUGGGACAGAGCUAAGCAGACAGUCCUCAGGAAAACCACAGCUGAGGAACAACCAAUCAGCAGGCGCCCCACAGCCUUCUGCUAGCUCAGCAAGUAUCCCAUGACCCCUUCUGCUGGCUCAGCAGGCGCCCCCCCCCCAAGUCUCCUGAUAACUAGAGAUAGCUUCUGUAUCCUGCUACUGGAAGGUUCCUAACCACUAGGACCUUCCACCAGUCAGCCCCCAGACUCAUCAUUCCUCCACCAAUCAGAUAAAUCCUUCCUCCCUGGAAUUCCCCUAACUCCAAUUCAAAGAAGCUUUUGACCUUCUUGGGGGGUUGCCAUGUACCACCCCAAUGUUGGAAUUAAUAAAGCGCUCUUGCUGUUGCAUACGUGGCUGUUGGUCUUUCCUUUGGGAUUUCUCUUGGACCCUAACAAACUCAAGAGAUUCCUGAGUGCUGGUAUUAAAGGUGUUACUACCACCGCCCAGUGAAAUAUUAUAGUAACAGAAUAGAGAAAGUCAUAUAUCAAGACACCUUUCAAAAGGUGGAGCCAUCUCUCCAGCAACUCUCUGAAAAAGUGGUCAACAAAAUCUGUACUGUAAAGCUGAGCCUGGUACAGGCCUGUGAUCCCAGUUACUACACACACACUCAGGCUGAGGGAAGAAGACCAUAAAUUCAAGGCCAGCCAGGGCGACUUAGCUAGACCCUGUCUUGAAAUACAGAUUCAGAAAAGCCUUGGAACUGUGACUUUGUUCUAGCAUGUUUUCCUGGCCUGUAUGCCGCCCUGAGUUCAUUCCCCAGUGCCAACAAAAACAAGGGUAUGCUCUGAACUGGUGAGGCUGAGUUCACAACAUGUCCUGGAUUCCAUCCCAACACCAGCAAUGAAUCUCUUGUUCUCUGCAGCUUUUUUUCUUCUUUUUGGAAAAAGUGUACAUUUUUUGUGUAUGCACAGGUUGCAGAUGCAUGUGUUCAAGAGCAUGUAGGGCCAGAGGUUACUGAAGGGCAUCUUCCUCAACUUCUUUCUCUCUCACACACACACAUUUGUGCACACACAUGUUUGUUUGUUUGCUUGCUUGCUUUGUUUUGUUUGACACAGGGUUUCCACUAUGUAGCCUGAACUUGGUAUGUAGACCAGACUAGCCUGGAAUUGCCUCCAUGCCCACCCGUGCUGGGAUCAAAGAUGCGUCCGAAAGUCAUGUGGCACCUUCUGCGCCGAUACAUGGCAUCCAGGCUGCACUCGCUGCGCAUGGGUGGCUACCUGUUCUCUGGCUCUCAGGCCCCACAGCUGUCCCCGGCCUUGAUGCGGGCCCUGGGCCAGAAGUGCCCCAACCUGAAGCGCCUGUGCCUGCACGUGGCUGACCUGAGCAUGGUGCCUAUCACCAGCCUGCCCAGCACGCUGAGGACCCUGGAGCUGCACAGCUGCGAGAUCUCGAUGAUCUGGCUGCAGAAGGAGCAGGAUCCCACAGUGCUGCCACUGCUGGAAUGCAUCGUGCUGGACCGAGUGCCAGCCUUCCGGGAUGAGCACCUGCAGGGCCUCACCCGCUUCCGAGCCUUGCGCUCGCUGGUGCUGGGCGGCACCUACCGGGUUACCGAGACCGGGCUGGAUGCCAGCCUCCAGGAGCUCAGCUACCUGCAGAGACUGGAGGUGCUGGGCUGUACCCUAUCAGCCGACAGCACCCUGCUGGCCAUCAGCCGCCACCUCCGAGAUGUGCGUAAGAUUCGGCUGACCGUUGGAGGCCUCUCAGCCCAAGGCCUGGUCUUUCUGGAAGGAAUGCCUGCCCUGGAGAGUUUGUGCUUCCAGGGACCCCUCAUCACCCCAGAAAUGCCUACACCUGCUCAGAUUGUGUCCUCUUGCCUCACCAUGCCUAAACUCAGAGUGCUUGAGGUGCAAGGGCUGGGCUGGGAGGGCCAGGAGGCAGAGAAGGUCCUGUGCAAGGGCCUACCCCACUGCAUGGUUAUUGUCAGGGCCUGUCCCAAAGAAUCUAUGGAUUGGUGGAUGUGAAGGCACCACCCAUCCAUCCCUGGGAUCUAUCUAGCUUUUAAAGUUGACCUUCUCAGCAGCAAACUGAAGCAUGUACAUUAAUCAGGCUUGAGGAAACCGGAGGUCACGAGGAAAAGAAGCCAGGACCUUGGGGCCUGCAGAGCUGGGGUUUUCUGUCAUCUGGAUGUCCUCAGCCUUGUCACCCAGUCUCUGGGAGGCCCAGUUCACACAUUUAGGAACAGGCAUCAUUGCUACCUCAUGAUUCAUUUGCAUAUCUUUACCCUCCACCCUUUCCCCCAGUACCUGGGGAUCAAACCCACGGCCUUAGGUACAUUAGGCCAGCACUGCUGUGCUCCUGAGCAACACUGGAGUCCUGGAUAGCCUUCAUCUCUAAAGGACCCCAGAAGACCACUAUAGAGGGGCCGUUUUCAGGGUGCAGGUGGGCAGAGUUCAGGGUUCUGAGGUCUGCCUGGUUGUCUGCCAGAUGCUUGGGAAAUGAGGUCAGGGGGCAAGGAAGACAAGCUGUUGAAUUGUCCUAGUGUUCAAAAGGAUUCUCAAUGGUAUUUUCUGUAUUUUGUAUCCUGCCUUUUCCAAGUUUUCUACAGUAUAUAGUAUUUUACUAUUAAAGAAAAAUAAUGUUUUUUUCAAA